UUCGCCUCCAACUGUCAAGUCCCCCAGGAGCGUUGCGGGAACUCCAGGGCCAGCGCGGGGACCAGCUGAAAGAAGCCCUUUGGGGAUCUUGGCUACCAGGACACGAAAUCAGGAGCCGCAGGUUUCGGCUCCGAGGUCGCUCCGAGACACCUUUUCUGCGACACUUGAGAAGUUGUGUAUGGAGCCGCGCAAGCAGCCAAGGGGAGGAGAGCCUCCCCCUGACGCAUGGAUGUCGCGGGUCCGAGGCUCCCAGUCCUUGCUUGCUCUCCGGCUGCGCCCGCCCAGGGCAGUCACAUCUGGGCGGCUUCUCCUCUUCCCACAGGCGCCGGGCAGGCGCGAAGCGCGAAACUUGCACCGGUCCAGGUGGAUGCGUGGGGCACGGGCGGCUUGUGUUACAGGGGCAAGAGCGCCCGCAGGUUCUUUGUGCUCCAGGGGUGGGGUUCGGAGAGGCUUUGGGAAGCAACCCCAGAAGUGCAGCAUUUCUCCGGCAGGAUCCAGCUAGCCCAGCAGGGCCCCGGACAGGCCUCUGAGCCAAUGAAACAGCAAAGUGUGUCUUGCCUAAAUCUGUCUUGCAGGACACUUGCUUGCGUUUAGCUACACCGCUUUACAUCACAGAGCGCAAUACUGCAUUAUGACAAGAAGCUGGGCUUAGGAAAUUUGCCACCGUGCUGGGAGUCUAAGAAAGGACGGUUAAUGAAGUCAUCUAGCUGUCCUUUACCAUUCUAGUGCCAUGCUGUAGAUGUAUGCCUUCAGUCAAUAUUCCUUGAAAAAACUACCAGCUAAGUGAACGUUUAUAUGUGCAAAUGAAUGUGCCUCAUUCAGAAACAACUUUUCCAGAACCUCUAGGACAUAAUGGCCACCCUGACGCCCAGGCUGUCCACCCGGACUGCAAGACUGACCACCCAGUCCCACUAGACAGCCAUUUAGACGUUUGUCCAGCUGACUUUCCUGUCCAUCAACAGCCAGUAUAUAAUCAUACAGAUGAACCUGAAGGGGUACAAUGGAUACCAACAAAACCAUCUCCAUCAAUCUGCCCACCUGGAUUGGAAUAUUUAAUUCAGAUAGAUCAGAUAGUGAUUGAACAGCAACUUGAAAUUCUAGAAGUUGUAACAGUAUUUGAAGCCAAUAACAAAUAUGAAAUUAAGGACAUCCUUGGACAGAGGAUUUACUUUGCAGCAGAGAAAACUGAUUGCCGUAUCCGAAAUAUCCUUAGGUCUUUCAGGCCUUUUAACAUUAUGAUUCUUGAUAAUAAAGGCCUAGAGGUCAUAAAUUUGAAGAGACAGCUAAGAUGCAAAUCCUGCUGUUUCCCCUGCUGCCUUCAGGAGUUAGAAAUAUAUGCUCCUCCUGAUGUACCAAUAGGUUAUAUUAUUCAGACCUGGCAUCCAUGUCUGCCAAAAUUUACAGUUCAAAACGAGAAGAGAGAGGAUGUACUAAAAAUAACUGGUUCAUGUUGUGGGAACAGUUGUUUUGCAGAUACUGAUUUUGAGAUUAAAUCUCUUGAUGAAAAAGUUGUAAUUGGCAAAAUUUCCAAGCGAUGGACUGGAAUAUUGAGAGCAGUAUGUGCAGAUAUCGAUAAUUUUGAAAUCCAGUUCCCGUUGGACUUGGAUGUUAAAAUGAAAGCUGUGAUGCUUGGUGCGUGUUUCCUCAUUGACUUCAUGUUUUAUGAAAGAUGA